AUGAUAAAGGGCAAUAAGGCUAGGGCGUACCCCGUAAGCGACGCAAAUGCGAAUAAGGAGAUUCUCGAUGCAAAUACCUCUAGGGCGUUCCCCCAAAGCGACGGACAACGAGACAAGAACAAAAAUUCGCAUUUGAAUAUAAAUAAGAUUAGACUCGCAACCUGGAACUUGGGGUCCCUUACGGGCAGAAGCCAAGAAUUGAGCAAAACUCUAAAAAGAAGGGGUAUUAACAUCUGCUGCCUCCAAGAAACAAGAUGGAAGGGCUCAAAAUCUAAAGACAUCGGCAACGACUACCAGGUUCUGUAUCAUGGUACAGACAAUCAAAGAAAUGGUGUGGAAAUUGUUUUGGAUAAACAUUUUAAAACCCGCAUAAUCAAUGUCACGCGGAAAAGUGAUCGUAUAAUGGGCAUUAAAUUAGCUUUGGAUGACCAGCAAGUUACCAACAUUAUAUCAGUCUAUGCCCCACAGACGGGCUGCACAGAAGUUGAAAAACUGGAGUUCUGGGAGGACCUGGAUGAUUUGAUGCACAACAUACCACGAAACGAACUAAAAAUAAUAGGAGCAGACCUAAAUGGUCACGUAGGAGCCACUAAUACAUCUGGUGGGCUGGCCCACGGCGGGUAUGGAAUUGGCGAAACCAACAAGCAAGGGGAGGAUAUCCUAGAAUUUUCUUGUAGACACGCGUUAUCAUUGAUAAAUACCAACUUCCAAAAAAAGCAAGAACAUCUUAUCACCUACAAAAGCGGAGGCCGGACGUCGCAAAUUGACUAUAUUUUGGCAGAUAUGGUGCUCAAGAAGAAAUUCAAAGAUUGUAAGGUCAUUCCGGGCGAGCCCCUCGCAACACAACAUCGCCUUCUUGUUGCCGUCUAUGCUUUGCCAAAGCCGAUAAAAACCAUAGUCAACCGAACACCAAGGACAAAAUGGAAGGAUCUGAACGGCCCCAAAGGCACACAACUGAGGACUGCUGUAAUAGAAUACCUCGAAACCGACCUUAGCGUAAAUUACAGUAGUGCCGAAGACAUGUGGUCAAAGUUCGAAACACGAUGUAGAGCCAAAGCCGCAGAAAUACUUGGAAUUUCUAAAGGGCCUUUCGGGAACGGUAAAGAUCCAAACUGGUGGAACGACAUAGUGAAGGACUCCGUGGCCAACAAAAAAGCAUGUUUCAAAAAGUGGCAAAGGUCGCAACUUCAAAAAGACAAGGACUUAUACAUGGAAGCAAAGAAAGAUGCGAAAAAAUGUGUGGCACAACAAAGAGCACAGAGCAAUCAACUUUUCUACAAUAGUUUGGAAAAUGCUAAAAACGCAGAUGAAGUACUUAAAAUAGCGAAAUCGAGACACAGAGCAACUAUGGACAUAAAAGUUAAUAAAUUUAUCAAAAGUAAAGACCAACAAAUUUUAACAGAUAAUAUCCAAAUCAGAGAAAGGUGGUUCGAGUAUUAUGAACGACUUCUAAAUGAAGAAUUCCCAAACGAAGAUCCGACGCCAUGCAAACCUACAUAUGGACCAGUGCCCGAAAUAGGGAGUGAUGAAGUUAAACACGCGACGAUGAAAAUGAAAAGUGGAAAAGCUACGGGGCCGGACGAGAUCCCGGCGGAUCUUUGGAAGGCUCUUGGGCCGAUAGGCGUCGCGUGGCUUACAAAGCUGUUUAAUAUCAUCUUAGCAACCAAAAAUAUCCCAGAUUCAUGGCGUCAAAGCUUUUUACUGCCUUUCUACAAGAAUAAGGGUGAUGUGGCUCUGUGCGAGAACUAUAGAGGUAUAAAACUAACCUCACAUACGCUUAAGAUAUGGGAAAGAGUUCUUAAUAAACGAAUCUUAAACAUCUCUCAAACGUCACCAAAUCAGUUCGGCUUCACAGCAUCCAGGUCAACCAUUGACGCGAUACAGACUGUUAGGAUCAUGAUGGAAAAAUUUAGAAUCAACAAAAAAGACCUACACCUAACAUUUAUAGACCUAGAAAAAGCCUUCGACCGUGUGCCCCGUAAGCUUGUAUGGGAGGCUCUUCGUGCCCAGAAUGUCCCUGAAUAUUACGUAGAACUUGUCCAAGACAUGUACAUUAAGGUCAGCACGAGAGUACGAAGCCUAGCAGGCAUAAGUAGAGCUUUUGAGGUCAAAGUAGGCGUUCAUCAAGGAUCCGUGCUCAGCCCGCUGCUAUUUAACCUGGUCAUGGAUUACCUCACCAGAAAUAUACCAUCUCCACUGCCGUGGACCAUGUUGUACGCGGAUGACAUAGUUCUAACUGCCGACACCGCGACAAACCUGCAGGAACUUCUGAACAUGUGGACACGAGCACUUGAAAAGCAUGGCCUGAGGGUUAGUAGGAGUAAGACGGAAUACCUGAAAUGUCCUUUCAGCAGAACUAACAUACCGGAAACCAUCUGUAUUGGAGACGCGCCUGUCCCAUCUGUAGAAAGAGGCCGCAAGAGGCCGCGGCCGCCCGCCUUAUACCUGGUGGACAAGUAUAGAAAGAGACCUCAAGAAAGCCCAGGUGCCCCAACAGACAACCCAAGAUCGUAG